GAAAGAAGUAUACCGCCGGCCUAGCUCCUCCCCCUGACGGCAGAGGUCCUUUCUCCAAGUUGGUUGUAGCAUCUACCUUGUCCCUUCGUCUCUGGUUACUUCCUCCCACCCCAGCAGGCGGGGACAUAUGAGCGCGCCGGGAACCUCCUCCGCCCUCUCCCGAGCCUGCGAUGCUGCCAGUGCUCCCCACGUUGUCUGGUAGUCCGCGUCCCAGGGACCGUAAGCAUCGGCUGCUGCUGCCUGCGCUGUACAGUGCGGGUCCUCCGCAGUCGCACUCCGGUCCCCGGCAGCACCGGGCUAUCUCCCAUUGAGGCUGCGUUACUACCCUCCUUCUCGUCAUGCAGUGAUCAGCAGGUUGGGACGCGCUGCAUUGCUUGGUGCUGUUGAAGAUGAUUAGACCUUACAAGAAGGUGGCCAAAGAUUCAGGAGGGUCUGACAAAGGUGGCGGAGAGGAGCAGGGGAAGUUGCCAGAGGAGGAGGAGGAGGACACAGAGGUCCUGCGUGGUGCAGGCCACUGCAAAUGGUUCAAUGUGCGGAUGGGAUUCGGUUUCAUCUCUAUGACCAGCCGAGAGGGAAGUCCCUUGGAGAACCCGGUAGAUGUUUUCGUACACCAAAGCAAACUUUUUAUGGAAGGUUUUAGAAGUCUGAAAGAAGGAGAACCAGUAGAGUUUACCUUUAAGAAAUCUUCCAAAGGCCUUGAGUCAUUACGGGUAACGGGCCCAGGUGGGAAUCCCUGCAUAGGAAGUGAAAGAAGAACCAAGGGAAAAAUAGUUCCUAAAAGAAAACCAAAAGGAGAUCGAUGCUAUAAUUGCGGUGGCCUUGAUCAUCAUGCUAAAGAAUGCAAUCUUCCUCCUCAGCCAAAAAAGUGCCAUUACUGUCAAAGCAUAAUGCAUAUGGUAGCUCACUGCCCCCACAAGAUGGUUCCACAGCAUCCAGCAGCCUCUCAGGGAAGAUAUGAAGCAGAACAGCAACCUUCCACUUCUGUUUUUCAGCAAGAAGGAGGAGGAGCUUUUGGCUUUUCAUCUCCAUCAUAUUCUCAGGAGGAAAGAUCAGAGCUCUCGGAACGUUCAAGCAGGUCACCGCAAGAAGCCUCCUUAAGUAAGAUAUCUACGUCGCCUGAAGAAGAAAGCAAAAAGGGGCCUUCUGUUCAAAAAAGAAAAAAAACUUAGCUUUGUCUCCCUAAACUUGCCUUUUCUGGGAAGUUCUACCUCAUACAAGUACAGGGGAAGUCAUUUCAUUAUUCGCAACUGAUCUGGAAUUUUAACUACUGUUGAGGAACUGUGAAUUAAGAAAAAUAAUCUACAAAUGGACAAAUCACUCCAAGCAAACUGAACAUGCAGGGUGUUUUUGUUUUGUUUUUUUUACCUCAUGUCUACGUGUGUCUGUAUAUAUGUGUGUGUAUAAUGUAUUUUGUGCGCACACCUUUAAUUUCAAGCAAUAAGUAUAUAUGGACUCAUUGCUUGUGUAUGUGUAUAUGUAGUAAUUGCAUAAUUCUUAGCAUUCAUCGCAGAGAAUGAAGCAAUAUUAAUUUGUUAUUUUUACAUAUAUAUAUUUUUUCCUUUGGAACACUCCAUUUAUUUAUUUUAUUUUACCCUGCAAUCAUAUUUUUGUGUGUUCAGUGUGUUUUUUUGUAGAAGAAGAGUGACAUCCAUAGUUUGUCCCAGAAUGAAUGAAUGUAUGGAUGGAUGGUUGUGACUUUUUUUAAUUUUUUUUAUUACUCAUUUGUUUUUUAACUUCUUCAUUUAUUGGCAAGUAUGGCCGCCAAAGCAAUAUUGUUAGCCAACAAAGCUUUAGGCGCCAUUUUUCUGGUCUUUUCUGUGAUCUAGCAUAAAGUGCUGUGCUUAAUGUUAUGUGUGAUAUUGUGUGUGGGAUGAAGAUAAAUAAUGCUGAUACUGAUAUUAUUUAGGUUCCCUGUGUUGUUCGUGGGUGUUCAGACAGCAGUAGCACACAGAUUAAUACUUCUCUUCCUGCAAACUGAUUAUAAUCUUAAAUUACACAAAAUCCUUAGUUUUUUUUAAUGUGAAAUAAAUUGUGCUUUUGUACAUUUCUGAAUUUAAACCAUUGACUUUACGGUCAUACCAUAAGCAUAUCAUCUUUAAGCCCUCAGACUCUCAAUUGAAAAUGGUACAAAUAAUAUUGCCUCAGGCAUUAGCUAUAAUGUGCACAUCUGAAUACCAUCCCUUGCAGGUGCACCAUCUAUACCAGUGUAUUGCAUAUACUGUACCAAGCCACACAUUGUUUUAUAAAAGUCAAACCGGAUACAAAAUAGCCAUGCAAAUUUGGCUCAAUACAAAUUUACAUAUUACAGAAACCACCAUAAAGGAUAUACAGUGUGUGUGUGUGUGUGUGUGUGUGUGUGUGUGUAUAUAUAUAUAUAUAUAUAUUGCAAACAUGUAGGAAGCAUAAUAAAGAAAACCAUUUUAGUGAUAUUUAGUGGCAGUGAAAGACUGCUGGCCACUAAGCUCGUGCAUUUUUGUUUUUCUGAUGUGCUAUAUGUUCACAAUGCUAGUUUCACAUAUUUUGUUGUCUUUAAUUUGGUAACCAAAUUAUAUGUUGGCAGAACUAAUUUGAACCCCUUUUCAGAACCUAUGAAUUACCAUAGUGAACGGUCAUCUGUGUACUGCUGUUAGUGCCCAAUUCCUAACAUUAAUGCCCCCAAGUUAAUGUUAAGUAUAUGAUAAACCAGAAGAUUUAUUUUCCCUAGAACAGGGAACAUUUGCCAUUAAUUGGUUCUGCAUCUUUAGGAACAAAUGGAAUAUAAUUAAUAUUUCUUAAGUAGAAAUAUGGAAGUGAUGCUUUCAAGCAGUAAUACUUAGAAGAGCAGUUAAUAUUAAGCUGUACUGUGCUAACUUACAUAGAUGCUGUCGUUGAAAGAGUAAUAGAAGCAAUUGCUACCUGUUAUGUAUAAGGGUUUUUGUCUUCGUUGUCUGGACUUAAAGCUUCUUUGGCUCAUCUUGGCAAAUUUGUGCGUUGGGAUUAGACCAUACACUGGUGCACACUGUUUACUCUUAGAACUGCAAGAGAAUCCUAAAUUUGGUAUAAAAAAAAAUGGAAAAAGUAUGCGGAUUGAAGUAUUGAGGUUUUCUGUUUUUUUUUUUUGUUUGUUUUUGUUUUUGGUAUGAACUAAAAUAUUGGAAGGAACGUAUGAAUGUUCACUUACACUCCCCCAGCUCCAUGUAGAUACAAGUCUAUUCUGAGGAAUUUUUGUAAAGUGCUGCUUAUGGUUUUUAUGUGCCUGACAUAUGGCAGCACAAUGAUCCAUUAUGGUGAGUCUUGUUUGACACUGCAUCUUCUCAGAGUCUACUUGCUGGGCAUGAAUUUGCUCCUAUGCAAUGUACAUGGGGGUAAGAGGAAGGAUAUGUUUUGUCCUCUACUGAAAUUGCUAUCAUUUCAAAGUUUUCAUCUCUUUUACUUCAUUGAAUUUACAGUAUUAACAUAAUAUUGCUGCUGCUGAUUGUGAUUAUUUUAUCUACCAGGCACAUAUCAAGUCACUACACUUGAAUACCAUGACUGUUUUCUCAAUGGUUUUACUGAUUGUCAGUUCUGUCUAAUGCAAAUGUUAACUUUGACGAUAUUGAAUGUGAUGAAUUGAUGGAAUACUUCCUUACAUUAAGUAAGGAAAAAGUUGUCUUAUUUAAGUUUAUGUAGACGAAUCAAAAUAGAGUUGCCCAGCCUUGGAACAGGUGCAGUAAAGUGACUUGCAAUUGUCCAAAUGAUACGGUAUUAAGGGUUUGGCAGCAGAUGCAUAGAAUAAAACCAUACAAUGUCACUGCAUUUUUAAACCAAAGUUUCCUCCCUUUCUACCAGUAGGAAUUUGAUGAGUGGGCAUUCCCUGUUUACAUAGAGUUCAGAACUGAGAACAAGUGGUCAGUAAAAGGUGUCAUUUGGGUUACUACAGCUUAUAUUUUCCUCAUAAGCCUGUGCACCCCACCCCGACUUCCAAUACUGAACUACACAAGCACAUAUCAAACCUAUGUUAAAGCUAGGUUUUAUUUUUGUAUAUGAGAAUAUUAUCACUAUUUCAGAACAUACUCAGGACUAAGAACUUUGCUCAGGGAACAUACCAUGUGAUAUUUUCUUUUACCAUUAUUGAAUCGUCUACAGACCUGCUAUUUUGAACCAAAUAGAUGUAGGCCUUUAUAUCUAAUAUAUUAAGUGUUAUAUACUGGUGUUAGUAACUACCUCUCACAUUUCAGAUCAAACCCAAUUAUGAUAAUCACUUCAAUAUUUUUAUUUUGUGUAUUUCUUGUUUCAUGUGUAAAACGUGUUCAUAUUCUAAUUAUUUACUGUAUGUGAAUUUGUGAUACUACAUCUCAGUUUAGUUGUAUUCACAGUGCUUACGUAUAUAAAGAUUUGUUUUUAAUUCUGUUUACAGCAAAAGGCUACCUCAUAUAACCAUAUAGCAUCUUAUAUGCUGCUCCAGCCUUAUAGGUAAUUGUCCUAUCAAUGGUACAUUUUUGUUUAUUUUUAGGCAAGUUAACCCAUAUAUUUAUCCAUGAGCCAUCCAAAUAAAUGCAAUUGGAGUGGGCUGCAAUUAGAUGACUGCACACUUUGUGCUUAAUAACUCCUAUUCAGGCGGUCUCCAGCUCUACAUGGAUCGAUUUCUGAUCAGGAAGCCGUUCCAGUUGAAGAAUUAUUGGUUAUGGAUCAAUGGGUUGACAAUGUCUAGGUCAACAUCAAAUGGUUGACGUGGGAAAUGGUCUACACUUUAAAAGGUCGACAUGAGUUUUUACUGUAGUAUUUGGUGUCAGAAUGUUCCUUUCAGCAUGUGGACCCACAAGUAGUACACCACGUCCCCUCACAUAGCUCGCUACGCUUGCCGUGUUUCGGACAGGUUACUAUUCCCAAUUAUAGUCCACAUGGAUAUUAAAGUAUGAAAAAGUCCUGAAAAUCCCCAAAACUCAUGUUGACUUGUUAAUGUGUAGACUAUCGUCAUUGGGACCUUUUGCUUGUCGUAGUUUUCACUGUGACCUAUCAUCCAGAUACAUAUUAUUGGGUUGAAUUGCUGUUCAUUGUUGCUCAUUCCCAUCCCAUUUUUCUCAAUUGUGUUUUUUUUUUUACCAGGUUUAUUCUUUAAUGCGCACAUGUCCAAGGGCGUUUAUAUGGUACACAAAUUAUUUGUGCCACUUAAAAAUGAUUAUUUUUUUCUGUAUAAUUUAAUUUGCUUGGAAUAAUUACUUUGAGGUGCCAUCAUAGAGAUUCUAUUGUGUAAGGUUACUAGGAACCACAAUGUGAACUGCAGAAUGUACAUUAAAAAUAAUUAUAUUAAGGCCUUUGAAGUGGUUGUGUUUAUACUAGUAAUUGUUGCAGGGUUUACACCUAGUAAUACAAAAAAGCCACUGUGAAUAAUUUUCACAAGUCUUUUGACAAUGUGCCACCAUAAAACAGCAAAUGAUGAGUAAGAUUUACCACCGUUUGGUAUUAUUUGCCAGUGAAAGUCUGCAGUUGUUUUACCAUUGCACCCAGAGUGUACACUGAUUAUCAAGUAUCUAAUGUCUUUAUAUUUAGCCAGCCAGUGGGAAUUUAAUUGUGGUGGUUGUGGAGCAUUCCGGUUUUCUUACCUGUUUAUGUCUUGUCUUGCUGAGGUAUUGACACUGAGCAAAGACACUUAUGGCUAUUACUGUAUGUGACAUUUGGUAUAAUUAUUAAAUGUUAAUCUUGUGACCAGA